AUGAGAAGACCAAUAUCGAUGUUUGCCGCUGGAGAUGUUUCGAUUUCUACUCCAUAUUCCGAAGCCCAACGAAAUAGUGGGUAUAGAGUGUUGAAGUCGCAAGGUGGAAACCCAAUGAGCCAAUCAAUGGUUCCGACCCCAAUCAAUACUAAUGUUUAUGGGGAGGCAAUGUCGACAAAUCAGCGCAUGACUCCUUGUGAACCAGCCUGCGCAUUUCUCACCAUGGAAAUGCAAAUCGCCAAAACGACCCAAGCUUUCUCUGGAGUAAUUGGUACACAUUCAGUCGUGGGAAGAAAGUUGCAUGAUAUUGUGAGUGUAAGCGAUCGUGAUAAGAUCUUCCGAUUACAGAGUGGAUUCGAAGAUGAGCGUCGCAGUAGAGAUCCGAGUUACCUACCUCCAAUAUUUUCGAAAGAAGAGGAAGAUAGGGUUAUUCAGUCCUUGACAUUUGCACCUAACGAUAUAGGGCAAUUACGAACAGAUCGACCGGAAGUCUUUACCUUUCAAACACCGGAUGGUCAGCAGCGGGGCUUCCAUGUUCAAUUAGGCCUUGCGAAAAAAGAUUCGAUCUAUUUUGUCCUUCUGGUGGUUCAUAUCCCAACGACUCCACAACUAUUCCAACAAUCGCCUUCGCCAUAUUCAAGAGACUCCGUGUCUCGUGACUCUACAUAUGGUUACCAAACACCUAGCCAGCUGUCUUAUGCAUCUCAAACUCCGGGGACCUCACCAUUCAUGUCAAAUCCUCCCUUCGGUGGUGAUAUGUCGGCCUACCGAAACCCGGGACAUUUAGGUCAAAACAUUGUCAUGCCAAAUAAUGCCCCUUCAUAUGCACAGCUUCAAGGAAGACCUGAAUAUUCUCGAGCUCAAAUAAACUAUCAGGGGCCAAUGGGUGAAAUGACACCAGGCCAACCUCAACUUCAACCACAGGCUCAAACACAGGCUCAACCUCAACCACAAUCCCAACCUCAGACUCAAAGGUCUUCAGAUCUUCAAUUACCUCCAAUACGCGGACAAGCACCUUUGACUGACGCUAGGGGACAAGUCGAUCGCAGUAGUCGGGUCGAUAUUGGUGGUCUUUUGCAAAAUCCUGAUCCUUCCCGAAGAAGAAAAUAA